UCCUUCGUCGAUACAAUGGCUAAGUCGUACCACACCGAGACACUCAUCGUCUUCUUCUGCGCUUUUUUGUUAAGCGUGACAAGUGGCCAACAUCCGAAUUUAUUGCUUCAAACGAAAGACGACACAAUAAAUCUUCGUUUAGAAUACGAAACUUUGAAAACUCGUUUUGAGGAGUUUGCUGGCGCCGUUGAGAUUCAGUUUGACCGCCUGAGAGAGGAAGUCCGACAGUUAAAAACAAAUAAGGCUAGCGAAAAGAAUUCACAUACAAGUGUCACCUCUAGAGGUGUAAUUCCAAGAUCUUGUCAUGAAGCCCGAUUAGCUGACCCUUCAUUGUCCACCGGCGUUUACUGGAUCGAUCCCGACGGCCAAGGUGUUGGAGACGAUCCCAUCCAAGUAAAUUGCGACAUGUCCUCAGGAAUGACAAUCAUUGGGCACGACACCGAAGCAUCGACAAACGUCGGCCAUUGCACAGAUCCCGGCUGUUAUACGAAACCAAUCGUGUACCAAGCAUCACUAAAACAGAUCACAGCCCUUACACAACUUUCAUCAGAUUGUCGCCAGUCAAUUAAGUACGAGUGCUACUCUGCUCCUCUGCAGUUUGAUGGCGUCGAAUAUUCCUGGUGGAACGACCGGAACGGUAACGAGCAAUAUUACUGGCACGGUAGCGAUAACUCCACGCAUAUGUGUUUGUGCGGAAUUGCAAAUAUGUGUGCCGAUCCUAAAAAAAACUGCAACUGUGACGCGGAUGUUCCCAUUAACUUAGUCGACGAAGGAGAGAUAACUUCGAAAGAAAGUUUGCCAAUCACACGUUUGAUGAAUUUCGGAAGAACGAUCCCUGCAGCGUCGAGUGGCAUUCACACUUUAGGAAAAUUGAAAUGCUCCGGCCAGAAGUUGGUCGACGGAAUGCCAACCUCUUGCGUGGAAUUGUGGCAGAUCGGUCAUGUCCUUAACGGCUUAUACUUGAUCAAGGGCGCAUCUCAUGUAGAAACGGUUUACUGUGAUUUUACCAAAGCUUCAACCGACACAGGAUUUGAAACGUGGAUUGGCUUUGCCGAUGUCAAGUCAUCAUCUGUUUAUUUUGAUGUACAGAGGAAUACGACUUUCUCAACUAUUAACUCUGUCAUUCCAUAUGAAAUCACAAGAACUAAUGUGGGGAAUGCCAUGAACCCUUCUACUGGAAUAUUCAUAGCACCGAGACCGGGGAAAUAUUUUUUUGAUUAUUCUGGUAUUGCUGAUGUCACUCAAGGAACCAAUGCUGCACGCGUUGAUUUUCAGUUGAAUGGUGCUAGGAUUGCACAAGGAUAUAGUCACACCACUUAUGAUGCAUUUGCACACCAAUCCACUUUGGAGCUUAAAGAAGGAGACCAAAUAAGACUGUUCUUGGUAGCCGGAGCUAUUAAUGGUUAUCAUACUACUUUUAUUGGCUGGUUAGUCGAAGAAGAUGAUGGGUUCAAUGUUAUAGAGUGACAGCCGACGCAGAAGACCAAAAAUCAAAUUUUGAUUUGAUUUGGCAUUUUGAAAUACGUUUCGUGCGGUUUCUCCAUGGUAAGUUGAGUCGAAAGUUUGUGUCAAAUAUAUAGUUCGCGAUAGUUCGUUUAACUGCGUUUAACCAUCCGAUAAAAAAAAAUUAUGCAAUAAAUCAAUAAUGUUUCCGAUGGUAAAUUAUUCUGAUAUUUUUUUCAUUAUUGCAAAGAGCUAAGCAAAACUAUAAUGAGAUUGCCCGUAUUAUCCCUGACUCUUUUGGCACUUGCAAACUCACAGUUGUUGCUGGAUGCGGGACUGGAUAUGAUUUUUAAAAAAAGUUGAAUAUCGUUAAUAAUAAGACAAAUUUUAUCCAGCUUAUACUCCUUAUUACAUACACUUGAGUCGAAAAAUACACCCGUUGCGAUUG